CUUCCGGUCAUCUCCUUAUAAAUAUCCCAAGCUCCUCAACAACAGUGUUGGAAACAAAGCUCAUUCGCCAUGGAAUCCAGCUUCUUUCAAUUGAUUCUCGUCUCCUUCUCCCUUCUCAUCAUCCUCCUCUCCAGGAUUCUACAGAAGAAGAAAAACAAGAUGGAUAUAAUUCUUCCCCCAACCCUUUUCUCUAUUCCCAUCCUUGGUCACCUCCACCACUUCACCAAACCGCUACACCAGACGUUCACAGACCUGGCCGGCCGUCUCGGCCCGGUGAUCUACCUCCGCUUUGGUUCUCGCCCUGUUGUGGUCAUCUCCUCCCCAGAACUCGCGGAGCUGUGCCUCACCACGCACGGGGCCGUCCGCAUCCACCGCACGGCUGCCGCGACCGAGCUCCUCUUCUCCCACUGCCUUCGCUCCGCGGCCCGCAUCCGCGCGGAUGAGACUCGCCGCCUCCUCCGCGGGCUGUUCCGCGAGGCAGAGGCCGCGGCGGCUGAAUGGUCGGCGGGGGGAGCGGUGAAGGUGGAGCUCAAGUCGCGGCUUUUUGGGAUGGGAGUCGAUGCCAUGAUGAGGAUGGUCGCCGGAAAGAAUUAUUACGGGGAGGGGGUCGUUGCAGCGGAGGAUGGGAGGAGGUUCCGGGAAGCCAUCGAGAAUUUCUUUGGACUGCGCCGCGUGUCCAAAGUUGGCGACUUUUUGCCAUGGCUGAGUUGGGUGGACAUGGUGGAGGUAGGGCAGAGGCUGCCGACGUUCAGGGAGAGGAUGGAUGAGCUGUUGCAGGAGCUGAUUGAGGAGCAGAGAGGGAGACUUAACAGCGCUGCGAGUGAGAAUACCAUGCUUAGUCUUCUGCUGUCGUUGCAGACGACAGAUCCAGAGAACUACAGUGAUUCCUUCAUCAAGGACAUUGUGAUGAGCUUCAUAAUAGCUGGAACAGAAACAAUAUCAAACACCAUAGAAUGGGCCGUCUCUCUCCUUCUCAACAACGCAGAGAAGCUCAAGAAGGCGAGAACAGAAAUCGACGAUCUCAUCGGCCACCACCGCCUCCUCUCCGAAUCCGACCUCCCAAAUCUCCCUUACCUCCACUGCAUCAUCAGCGAGACUCUCCGGCUGUACCCGGCGGCGCCGCUCCUCGUCGCUCACGAAUCUUCAAGCGAAUGCGUAAUCGACGGCUACGAUGUGCCGGCAGGCACGAUGCUUUUGGUGAACGUGUAUUCCAUUCACCGGAACCCGGAGGUAUGGCAGGAGCCGACCAAGUUCAUCCCGGAGAGGUUUCAGAGCUCGCGGGCCGAAGGAAGCGUCGUGCUUCCGUUUGGGCUGGGCCGGAGACGGUGCCCGGGAGAGGCGUUGGCGGGCCGGAUGGUGGGCUUGGUGUUGGGGUCCAUGAUACAGUGCUUCGAGUGGGAGAGAGUGGGGAGUGAGGCGGUGGACAUGAAGGAGAGGGCGAGCGCGACUUUGCCCAAAGUCGCUGCUCUUGAGGCGGUUUGCACGCCUCGACCGUUGCUGGAGCACGUGUGGGAGAGGCUUUGAAGAAUCCCAAUUAGAAUUAGGGUUAAGGGUAAAAAUUUGGCCUUUUUAAUAUUUAUUAUAAGAUUUGGGUUUGUGUUUGUACAUAAAAAUUCUUAAAAUAGUCUCCACACACUCUAUUGGUGCAUGGCCGAUUUAGGACGGGGAGAACCGUCCGCACAAGCAUUAUUCGGCGCUAGGUACUGGCACUCGGUACCGCUAGGUACCGUACCCAAUGCUUGUGCGGACGGUGCGCACUCCGCACCUAAUAAUUUUUCCAGAUAUAGGAUGUUUGGGGCUGGUUACUUGAUGCAUUUUAAAGUAAUUUUUUAGUAAAAAAUUAAUUUUUUAUACUAAAAAAGUUGAUUUAUGAAGCAUCAAGAAAGCCGCCCCAAACGAAGUCUUAGUCCCGGAAUAUCCCGUUGUCUAAAGUUAGUUCAUCGACUAUACAAAAUUGAUCCAAAAUGAUCUAUUAUGUUAUAAUUGUGAUAUAAAUUUAAUUUUAUUUA